AGGGCGGGGAAGGGGGUGGGCCAGCUCCCCCAAAGCCCCAGGAGAACAGGCUGUUGUGGGGGGUGGCCUGGGUCUGGAGAUGGGGGGCAGUGGUGGCCACAGCAGAGACUCCAGGAGGUGACCGCCUGGUUUCCAUUAGGGAGUCCUGGUCAGCAGCUUGGGCGAGACGGCAGAGUCAGGGCUGGCCAUGACCCUCCCCGAGGAGGGGAUGCUCCAGUCACCAUGGCGACCCCGCGCCCAGCCCGGAGACACGCUGACCCUCCCUUCCCCGAAGUGGCUGAGCCUGCUGCUGCUCUUGCUGUUGCCGGGCCCCCUGCCCGUGGCUGGCAUGGAGGAUGCUGCCUUCCCUCACCUGGGGGAGAGCUCGCAGCCCCCGCCCCGGGCCUGCCCCCUGCGCUGCUCCUGCCCCCGAGUCGACACUGUGGACUGUGAUGGCUUGGACCUUCGGGUGUUCCCGGACAACAUCACCAGAGCCGCUCAGCACCUCUCCUUGCAGAACAACCAGCUCCAGGAACUCCCCUACAAUGAGCUGUCCCGCCUCAGUGGCCUGCGAACCCUCAACCUCCACAACAACCUCAUCUCCUCAGAAGGCCUUCCUGACGAGGCCUUCGAGUCCCUCACCCAGCUGCAGCACAUCUACGUGGCUCACAACAAGCUCUCAGUGGCCCCUCAGUUUCUGCCCCGGUCCCUCCGCGUCGCGGAUCUGGCUGCCAACCAAGUGACGGAGAUCUUCCCCCUCACCUUUGGGGAGAAGCCGGCACUCAGGUCCGUGUACCUCCACAACAACCAGCUGAGCAACGCUGGCCUGCCCCCUGACGCCUUCCGCGGCUCCGAGGCCGUCACCACCCUCAGCGUCUCCAACAACCGGCUCAGUUACCUGCCGCCCAGCCUGCCACCCUCACUUGAGCGGCUCCACCUGCAGAACAAUCUCAUCUCCAAGGUGCCCCGAGGAGCCCUGAGCCGCCAGACUCAACUCCGCGAGCUCUACCUCCAGCACAACCAGCUGACCGACAGUGGCCUGGAUGCCACCACCUUCAGCAAGCUGCAUAGCCUUGAAUACCUGGAUCUCUCCCAUAACCAGCUGACCACCGUGCCCGCCGGCCUGCCCCGGACCCUGGCUAUCCUGCACCUGGGCCGCAACCGCAUCCGACAGGUGGAGGCAGCUCGGCUGCAAGGGGCGCGUGGUCUGCGCUAUUUGUUGCUGCAGCACAACCAGCUGGGGAGCUCAGGGCUGCCCGCUGGGGCUCUGCGGCCGCUGCGGGGCCUGCACACGCUGCACCUCUAUGGCAAUGGGCUGGACCGCGUGCCUCUGGCCCUGCCCCGCCGCCUGCGUGCCCUGGUGCUGCCCCACAACCACGUGGCCACGCUGGGUGCCCGCGACCUGGCCGCCACACCGGGCCUGAUGGAGCUUAACCUGGCCUAUAACCGCCUGACCAGCGCCCGCGUGCACCACCGGGCCUUCCGCCGGCUGCGCACCCUGCGCAGCCUGGACCUGGCAGGGAAUCAGCUAACCCGGCUCCCCAUGGGCCUGCCCACUGGCCUGCACACCCUGCGGCUGCAGCGCAACCAGCUGCGGAUGCUCGAGCCCGAACCUCUGACUGGCCUGGACCAACUGCAGGAGCUCAGCCUGGCGCACAACCGGCUCCGGGUUGGUGACAUCGGGCCAGGCACCUGGCAUGAGCUCCAAGCCCUCCAGAUGCUGGACCUCAGCCACAACGAGCUGUCCUUUGUGCCCCCGGACCUGCCUGAGGCCCUGGAGGAGCUGCACCUUGAGGGCAAUCGCAUCGGCCACGUGGGCCCCGAGGCCUUCCUCAGCACGCCCCGCCUGCGUGCCCUCUUCCUCAGGUGCCCCGAGGGUGGCUGGAGGGGUGGAGGUGGGCAGGGGAGGGCCUGGGAGGGUCACGACCGCCUCUCUGUGCAGGGCCAACAGGCUUCACGUGACGAGCAUCGCGGCCGAGGCCUUCCUGGGGCUCCCAAACCUGCGCGUGGUGGACACAGCAGGGAAUCCGGAGCAGGUCCUGAUCCAGCUGCCUCCCACCACCCCACGUGGGCCACGGGCAGGGGGUCCCUGAUCCUGGAGAAGUCCAGCAGAGCAGCCCAGACUCCUGGGGCUCCGCUGGGCCGUGGACUGAAGAGACAACACCCACCGUGGGCCCUCUGUCUGGCUCUCCUGGGCCUCCAGGGCUGGGCCUGCUCUGCCUGGCACUGGCCAAGGCACUGAGGCACGCAGCUGGCAUACUCCAGGCUCACAGACCACGCUGGCCUGGCAGGACACGCCCUACCCCAAACUCCCAACACGGAUGGAGGCAGCAACAAUAAAGCCAAACCCUUCCAGCGCUCGGCACGGACCAGGCACCCUUCGGGGGCUCUGUCCACAGACUCCUCCCCACGACCAGUCCAGCUGGGGAAACUGAGGCUCUGCGAUGCUAAGUGGGUCAUGACUGAAUUUUGAGGUCCUAAGACACACACUGGGGUCACCAGACAGCACCCUGUGCGACCCAGCCACGUGUGAUUGCAGGGACGCCCAAGGCCACCCACUGAAAAAACACUGGGUGACAGAUACAGGGCCCCUCACGUGUAUCCCCCACACAGCAAGCAUGGGAAUGAAAUGCACCCUUCAA